ACUGAAAAAACAAUAAACUAACCAGCUCCGUGAAUCUCCACUCCCGCAUUGACACAGUCACACAGUUGAAGCAUCUUCUCCAACUUCUCUCUCUUUCUCUCUCUCUCAAAGAAGACAUGCAGGAGGGGAACAGCGGCCAAUCAAGCCCGGCGAAGCCGGAGGAGAGGCCACCUCUGAGCAAGAAAUCAAAGACGACGUCCUCCAAUUCCGACGAUUCCCAAACUCCACACUUCCCCGGCCCCCUCUUCCGCCGCCUCUCCCCAACUCCUUCAACCACUUCCUCCACCGUCUCCUUCACCGACACUACCACCUCCGCCACCACGUCUUCCUCCGCCUCCAACAGCGAUGCCUUCAGCUUCAAUUUCUCAGAUCGGGAUUACGUCUUCCCUUCCAAUCUCGGAGGCUACUCCACUCGCAGGAACGUCUCCGUCAAAUCUUCUUCUUCCUCUUCCUUCUCCAAAUCUCAGCAGCAGCCUCCUCAAUUGUCGGCGCGCAGCGCCUCUAUGCCGUCUAGUUUUGGCGGAGGGGGUUUGACUUCGCCGCCGAAUAAGUCGAAGCUCCGAGCCGAUAAGGAUUUGAAGGCGCUGUCGUUUCAAUCCUCCUUGGGCUUGGUUUCUGCUCCGCCGGUCGCAUCUGUGUCCAGCCAUCGCGAUGCGGUGAUUCAGAAGAGUUCGUCGUUGAAGAAUUCGUGGAAGGUGUAUUUGCUCAAGUUUUUUUGUUUUACAUCUGCUACGUAUGCUGUUUUCUUGCGUAAUGAAGUCUCAAGGCUGGAGGAAGAGUACACCAACCUUCAAAUGUUUUGUAGUAAUAAAUAUCCUGGUCACAGAAAACACAUGGAAGUUUCAGACUUAGAAAAUGGAAGUUCAUUUUUGUCUUUAGGGAACAGUGACCCUAGAGCUAUAGCUCUGUACACAGUUAUUGUUACCCUCAUCACACCAUUUGUAUUAUAUGAAUAUCUUGAUUAUCUGCCACGAAUCAGAAGUCUCUCAAAGUGGACAAAGGAUUGCAAAGAGGAGGUUCCUCUGAAAAAAAGGAUUGCCUAUAUGGUUGAUGUGUGUUUUUCAGUUUAUCCUUAUGCAAAGCUUCUUGCACUACUCAUUGCGACUCUGUUUCUCAUUGGAUUUGGAGGCUUGGCAUUAUAUGCUGUAAGUGACAGCAGCUUUACUGAAGCUCUUUGGCUUUCUUGGACAUUUGUGGCAGAUUCAGGAAAUCAUGCUGAUAGGGUUGGUACUGGAUCCAGGAUUGUUUCAGUUUCUAUUAGUGCUGGAGGCAUGCUUAUAUUUGCCAUGAUGCUGGGGCUUGUUUCUGAUGCUAUUUCGGAGAAGGUGGAUUCUUUGCGCAAGGGAAAGAGUGAGGUUAUUGAAAGUAACCAUAUUCUCAUUCUCGGAUGGAGUGACAAGUUGGGUUCACUUUUAAAGCAGUUGGCAAUUGCAAACAAAAGCAUUGGCGGUGGUGUUAUUGUUGUACUAGCAGAAAGGGACAAGGAAGAAAUGGAGAUGGAUAUAGCAAAGCUUGAGUUUGACUUGAUGGGAACAUCAAUUAUCUGUAGAAGUGGUAGUCCGCUUAUACUAGCUGACUUAAAAAAGGUAUCUGUCUCCAAAGCACGUGCAAUAAUUGUAUUGGCAUCUGACGAGAAUGCUGACCAGAGCGAUGCACGGGCUCUGCGGGUUGUGCUUAGUUUGACUGGAGUGAAGGAGGGCUUAAGGGGACAUGUUGUUGUAGAAAUGAGUGAUCUCGACAAUGAGCCCUUGGUGAAGCUAGUUGGAGGUGAACUCAUAGAAACAGUUGUUGCACAUGACGUCAUUGGAAGACUGAUGAUACAGUGUGCUCUUCAGCCUGGCCUUGCACAGAUAUGGGAAGACAUUUUAGGGUUUGAAAAUGCAGAAUUCUAUAUAAAGAGAUGGCCUGAACUAGAUGGCUGUUGUUAUGAAGAUGUUAUGAUCUCUUUCCCUGAUGCAAUUCCUUGUGGAGUAAAGGUUCAUGCAGAUGGUGGAAAAAUUAAAAUAAAUCCAGAUGAUAGAUAUGUUCUUCGAGAAGGUGACGAAAUCCUUGUCAUAGCUGAGGAUGAUGAUACAUAUGCUCCAGGUCCCAUACCACAGAUCCGGAGAGGUGUAUCUCCUAGAAUGACCAAUCCUCCAAAGUUUCCAGAGAAGAUUCUGUUCUGUGGUUGGCGACGUGACAUUGAUGAUAUGAUUAUGGUUCUAGAGGCACUAUUAUCUCAGGGAUCAGAAUUAUGGAUGUUCAACGAGGUCCCGGAAAAGGACAGAGAGAAAAAGUUGACAGAGGGUGGGCUGGAUAUUUCUGGAUUGGUAAACUUAAAACUAGUUCACCGCGAAGGAAAUGCUGUUAUACGACGUCAUCUGGAGAAUUUGCCACUAGAGACAUUUGAUUCUAUUUUAAUUCUUGCAGAUGAAUCAUUGGAAGACUCUAUUGUUCAUUCUGAUUCACGGUCUUUGGCUACUCUUCUCCUCAUCAGAGAUAUACAGUCGAAGCGAUUACCUAACAAAGACAACAAGUCAUCAUCUCCUUUGAGCCACUCUGGAUUUUCUCAGAGUUUGUGGAUUCGGGAAAUGCAGCAAGCUUCAAAUAAGUCGAUAAUUAUAAGCGAGAUAUUGGAUUCUAGAACUAGAAAUCUUGUAUCUGUAACGAGGAUCAGUGAUUAUGUACUAUCAAAUGAGCUGGUGAGCAUGGCACUGGCCAUGGUCGCAGAAGACAAACAAAUCAAUCGUGUGCUAGAAGAACUAUUUGCAGAAGAGGGAAAUGAGAUGUGCAUAAAGCCUGCAGAAUUCUAUCUCUACGACCAGGAAGAACUAUGUUUCUACGAAAUCAUGAUAAGGGGUCGUCAGCGACAAGAAAUUAUAAUCGGAUAUCGACUUGCAACGGAGGAGCAAGCAGUAAUUAACCCUGCAAAUAAGUCAACACCAUGUAAAUGGUCUAUAGAUGAUGUUUUUGUAGUCAUUUCCAAAGGGGGUUGACAACUAUAAACACGUUUCACAUGUUAUUCUUGAUCCCACCCUAAUUCAUAAAAUUAAAUUUACAUUU